AUGGAGGCCCCUUCGUUGCCUCAGAUCGCAACUGCUGGCUCUGUGGCCGAGAAACGGGAAAGGAUAGCCAGCAUCUCGGCCGUGCUCGUCGCCCCUCCCUGCAAUAUUAGUAGGAGGCAAAAGCUGCGCUCACCUCUGGAGAACUCCAUGCACGACCCAACCUACACCAAAGCAACCCCAAAAGCCUGGACUUUCUAUGUCCACGCCGACUGCUGGGACCUCGUCGCCUGCCGGGUAGCAAACCCCACGGCCUGCGCAACAGCCUUCUGCAACUCGUUGCUUACCACCUACCGCGACCACAUCACCGCCUCCCCCAUUUCCACAUCACAGCCCCGUCUCUCAAGCGGGUCCCCUAGGUUAACAACAACACCAACACCCCCCGGAAGAAACGCCCGCCGCGCCAACAUGCACCAACUAGACAGCUUUGACGGCCUCGCCGCAGAGCUAGGCCUCGAGCACCUCCCCAGCAUACACGAACCCAUCUCCCUCGAACAACUCAACCUAUUUUCCUCCACCACCGCACCAACAAGGCGGCCUCUCACCCAUACUCACACCACCACCACCAACAACCCCGACCCCUUCAGCACCCUCCCCCCCGAACUCCUGCACCUCCUCGCCGAACACACCCCCACACCGACACUCCUGCACCUCCGCAUCGCCUCGCGCGCCGUAGCAAGCGUGAGCGGGCUGGCCAGCCUGCCGCGCAGCUUCUGGCGCAGCCGGUUCGGGCCGGCGUUCGAGAUGGGGUUUGCGCUGCCGGCGCGGGUGGAGCGGGAGUUGGAUUGGCGGGGGUUGUAUUUUUUGAUGGGAAGGGGGUUGAGGCGGUAUUGUGGUGAGGUGGGGGGUUCGAGGGGGGAGAGGCCGUUGUUGGCGAGGCUGGCGAAGAGGAGGUUUUGGUGGGCGAGGUUGGGGAAGGUGGUGGGUUUGGGGGUGGAUGGGGGGCUGUGUGAAUCCUUUGUUUGA